AUGAAGCUUGGAAAGAAUGGAGGGAAUUUGAGGAGAUAUCAGAGGGGAGUGUUUCAAAUACUUAUGAAGGUGCUGUUGAUCUUUUUGAAUGAGAGGGAGAUGGCUGGGAGAGGGGUAGGGUCGUUGAUUCUAACUGUUAGUGCUUUGGGGGUCUG